GUUGGAACCUUAUCUCCUCCAUCCCUCUCUCUCUCUCUCUCUCUUCUUUUUCCCUCCAAACAAGAGCUCAAGAAAAAGAAGAGAUUUUGAUCACUACCAAUCCUUCCAAAUUCUAAUCAUUGGCAAUGGCAAUGGCGACAUCCCCCUUUCCCACUGCUACGCCUGUAUCCAUGUCCAAGCCCACCGCUUUCAUCCCAAACAAGGUUCUCACUCCAUCAACCAAUUUCCUCCAUAAUCCCCACACGGCCAUCUCUCAUCUUCCCUGGAAACCCAGGAAAUCCAGAGGUCUCACCCCCCGAAGGAAGCUCCCUGAACCCGUAUCGGCUUCUCUGGGAGGCCUUCUGGGUGGAAUAUUCAAAGGGACUGACACCGGUGAAGGUACGAGGCAGAAGUACGCCGACACCGUUGGGUUGAUCACCCGAUUGGAGCCUGAGAUUUCGAAGCUCUCGGACUCGGAGCUGAGAGAGCGGACUUCGGUUUUGAAGGAGCGGGCGCGGAAUAACGAGUCCCUGGAUUCUCUUCUUCCUGAAGCGUUUGCGGUGGUGAGAGAGGCAUCCAAGAGAGUUUUGGGACUUCGCCCCUUCGAUGUGCAACUGAUCGGUGGUAUGGUGCUUCAUAAGGGAGAAAUAGCAGAAAUGAGAACUGGAGAAGGAAAAACAUUGGUUGCUGUUUUGCCUGCUUAUUUGAAUGCAUUAAGUGGGAAGGGUGUGCACAUUGUUACUGUGAAUGAUUAUCUUGCUCGACGUGAUUGUGAAUGGGUUGGUCAAGUUCCUCGGUUUUUAGGUCUACAAGUUGGCUUAAUCCAACAGAAUAUGUCAAGUGCACAAAGACGAGAAAAUUACCUGUGUGACAUCACAUAUGUCACAAACAGUGAGCUUGGUUUUGAUUAUCUAAGAGACAAUCUUGCCACAAGUGUUGAUGAACUUGUCUUGAGGGAUUUCAAUUUCUGUGUGAUUGAUGAGGUUGAUUCCAUUCUUAUUGAUGAAGCAAGGACACCGCUAAUUAUCUCAGGGCCAGCAGAAAAGCCUAGUGAUAGUUACUAUAAAGCAGCAAAGAUUGCAGCAGCGUUUGAGCGUGAUCUACAUUACACUGUUGAUGAGAAGCAGAAAACUGUUCUUCUUACAGAGCAGGGUUAUGAGGAUACUGAAGAAAUUUUGAAUGUGAAAGAUCUUUAUGAUCCUCGUGAACAGUGGGCAUUGUAUAUUUUGAAUGCAAUUAAAGCAAAAGAGCUUUUCCUGAGAGAUGUGAACUACAUUAUUCGUGGCAAGGAAGUUCUUAUUGUUGAUGAGUUUACAGGUCGGGUCAUGCAAGGCAGGCGAUGGAGCGAUGGUCUUCACCAAGCAGUUGAAGCAAAAGAAGGUUUACCAAUUCAAAAUGAGACAGUUACACUUGCAUCGAUUAGUUAUCAGAACUUCUUUCUUCAGUUUCCCAAACUCUGUGGGAUGACUGGUACUGCAGCGACUGAAAGUACAGAAUUUGAGAGCAUAUAUAAGUUGAAAGUUACAAUAGUUCCAACCAAUAAACUGAUGAUAAGAAAGGAUGAGUCAGAUGUGGUCUUUAGGGUAGCUAAUGGCAAAUGGCGUGCUGUUGUUAUAGAAAUAACUAGGAUGCACAAGACUGGUCGGCCUGUCCUUGUUGGUACUACUAGUGUUGAGCAAAGUGAUGCAUUGUCAGAACAACUUCAUGAAGCUGGAAUUCCUCAUGAGGUCCUUAAUGCAAAACCAGAGAAUGUGGAGAGAGAAGCAGAAAUAGUAGCACAAAGUGGUCGUCUUGGGGCAGUUACAAUUGCUACUAAUAUGGCUGGUCGAGGGACAGAUAUCAUUCUUGGAGGUAAUGCCGAAUUUAUGGCAAGAUUGAAAUUGCGGGAGAUGCUCAUGCCAAGGGUUGUUAAGCCAAUUGAAGGAGUUUUUGAGUCUGUGAAGAAGCUUCCACCAAGAAAGACCUGGAAGGUAAAUGAAAAUAUACUCCCAUGUGACCUUUCUGAAAGAACAAUAUCAACUGCGGAGGCUGCUGUUGAAUUAGCUGUCAAAGCAUGGGGUAAAAGAUCUUUAACAGAGCUUGAAGCUGAAGAGAGGCUUUCUUAUUCAUGUGAAAAGGGACCCAUUCGAGAUGAGAUCAUUGCACAGCUGAGGGAUGCCUUCACAAAAAUUGUUGGUGAAUAUAAGAUCUACACCGAGGAGGAGAGGAAGAAGGUUGUAUCAGCAGGCGGGCUUCAUGUGGUGGGGACAGAACGCCAUGAAGCACGUAGAAUUGACAAUCAGCUUCGUGGUCGGAGUGGGAGGCAGGGAGACCCGGGAAGCUCUCGGUUUUUUCUUAGUCUUGAAGACAACAUUUUCCGCAUUUUUGGUGGAGACAGAAUUCAGGGCUUAAUGAGAGCUUUCAGAGUUGAGGAUCUGCCCAUUGAAUCAAAAAUGUUGACAAAGGCUUUAGAUGAGGCUCAGAGAAAAGUUGAGAACUAUUUCUUUGAUAUACGAAAGCAGUUGUUUGAAUAUGAUGAGGUGUUGAACAGUCAAAGAGACCGUGUUUACACAGAAAGAAGACGAGCACUUCAAUCUGAUGAUCUGCAGCCGCUUAUGAUAGAAUAUGCAGAACUGACUAUGGAUGACAUAUUAGAGGCAAAUAUUGGUCGGGAUACCCCGAAGGAAAGCUGGGAACUUGCUAAGCUGAUCGCGAAACUUCAGCAGUAUUGCUACCUGUUGAAUGAUUUGACUCCAGAAUUGAUUGAAAGCAAAUGUUCAAGCUAUGAUGAGCUACAGGAUUACCUUCGCUACCAAGGGCGCCAAGCAUACUUUCAGAAAAAGGAGAUGGUUGAGCAGCAAGCGCCAGGUUUGAUGAAGGAAGCAGAGAGGUUCUUAACACUAAGCAAUAUCGAUAGGCUGUGGAAAGAACAUCUGCAAGCAAUUAAAUUUGUCCAGCAAGCUGUGAGUUUAAGGGGUUAUGCACAGCGAGAUCCGCUCAUUGAGUACAAACUAGAAGGUUAUAACCUCUUCCUAGAGAUGAUGGCCCAAAUCCGAAGGAAUGUUAUCUAUGCGAUCUACCAGUUCCAACCGGUAAUGGUAAAGAGCCAAGAGCAGGGUGAUGAUAAACCAUCAGGAAAAGAGGCAAACGUGAGGGAAGCUGAUAAUGAUGCCAACCCCAUUGAAGCAGCACAGGCCGCGUGAUAACUUAUUACAGUUGUGGGGAGCUUGCAACGACUUUCAUUAAAUUAAGGGGUUCAUAUCUCUCAGUACACCCUACCAAGAGAUGCUCAAACUGCCAUGAGAUGACCUGGAUAUUUGUAAUUUGAUGUAUCAUCAUCAUAUAUCACACCCCAGAAUCAAGUUAAAAGAAAUUGAUUAGUGUUUUUUAGUUUUCAUACAAAUGUUAUGUGAUAUUUAAUCUCAAAGCCAGUAAUAGUCUUC